AUGGCGUCUCCAGAAUACACCCAACUUUCCAGAAGUGAAAACUUCCAAGAUUCUGAAUCUCUAAAACUUUUGAGAAGUCUACAGCAGAAUUUUCCGAUAAACGAGUUGUCAAAUGAGCAAUGGAAUCUGAUGGAAAUAGUUAUCGAUAAGACGAAAUCCAUCCCAAUCAAUCAAAUCGUCACAUAUCGAUUGUGUGAACGUGUGGAGUUUUGUUCCGAGAACGGCGUCUUCGUCCUGGUGUCCCGUUACAUUGAAAUCAAUCCAUUCGAUCGUCGACUCCGUCCGAAGAAGACGGUUCAAGUGUUGCCAGCCAUGUAUCCCAUCGAGAUGUAUUUGAAAAAUAACGAUUCUGUUCUGAAAUUUUAA